AUGAACUUUCAUUCAGUUGCUGAGCUAUUGCCAUGGAUGUUGUUGUUAUUUUCCUCGACCGGCUUCGCGUCUCCCGUUCCAAACAAGGAGUUCGAUUGCAAAGGCCGAGUAGAACGAUGCGAAAAGAAGAAAGCCGCCACCAGGAGACCAGUGUGCGGCACCGAUAACAUUAGUUACCCGAGUAGAUGUGCAUUGCUGCGGGUCCGAUGCUUUAACGACUCGCUGUUGCGUGUCAAGCACCGGGGACGAUGCAAAGAAAAGCAGCCCUGUUGGGUGGAUCACACUAUUAAAUCAGGGGAUCCAACUAGGACACCGGACUCGUAUAUGCCCAGGUGCAAAGCGGACGGCACAUACUUCCGGAUUCAAUGUCAUAAAAAGGAAGGAUAUUGUUGGUGUGUAACACCUGCGGGAAAAGUGGUGGCCAACACCAUUGUUCGAGGACAAAAGCCUCAGUGUGAUAAUGGCAGAGGCAAAUGGCGUAGAGGUUCUUUGAAGAAAGGAAGUAAUCCCAGAAGAGAAUGCAGUAAAAAUGAUAAAGCAAUAUUUGUCAAUAAUUUAGUCAGAAUAUUCAAAACGGAGUACAAUCGAGACCAAUAUGCAGCACUAUUAAAUGGUAAUCGUUCGCUUUUGGACCCGAUUACGUUGGACAAACGAGUCUCUGAAUGGAAAUUCAGUGCUUUGGACAUAGACAAAAACGGAACCCUCACUAAAAUAGAAUACAGAGACCUAAAAAGACUGGUUCGCAAAGUGGUCAGGCCUAAGAGAUGUUCCAGGACGUUUAUCCGCACGUGCGACACGGACCAUAAUAGCGUUUUGUCGAAAAUCGAAUGGAAUAAUUGUUUGUCGAUUGACGAAACAUUGGGCAUAAAGUCAUCGACAACCUCGACUACGACCACCUCUACAACUACCACUACGACUGAAAUUCCCCCACCGGACGACUACGAAGACAAAGACGACAGUGGAAUCGGUCUCGAGGAAGCCGAUCCUGAAGACAUACUACAAGAAAGCGUAGCUACACUUAGUGGUACUCUUCCGGGUUUAAUGGCCGAAGGCGACCAAGAGGAAGAGGCUGAAGUUAACGAUUGUUUAACGGACAGACAGGAAGCAUUGGAUGAUCCAUCGACAUCAUCUCACAAGUACAUACCAGAAUGUACUGUUGACGGAAGAUAUAAACAUGUUCAGUGUUACAAAUCAGUUGGUUAUUGUUGGUGCGCACAAGAAGACACCGGAAAACCAAUACCAGGAACCUCGGUGAAAGAUUCUAACCCUAAAUGUGAUGGUAUUCCAUUACUUUCAAGUCCAAUGAAAGGCUGCCCGGAGCAUAAAAAACAUAUUUUUUUAAAAGAUCUCAUGGAUUAUCUAAGACACAAACACAGUAAAAACAAUAACGCAUCAUUUGCUAAUGACUACGAAUCGAUAAUUUCAGACAUUUUUCAUUCUUUGGAUACAAAUCACAAUAAUGUGUUGGAGCGCAAAGAAUGGAAGAGUUUUCGCGAAGAAAUGUCAGCCAACAACAAACUGAAAAGGUGCGGAAAAAAAUUACCUCGGCAUUGUGAUGUGAAUCAUGAUAAUAAAAUUGGCUUUACAGAAUGGUUGAAUUGUUUAAAUGUUAAUCAUGUUCAGACUCAAACACAACCCAAUGAAUCCAACACAACAAUAACUGCCAAAAGAAGAGGUCCUAAUCCACUUGAGUCAUACCUCAAGGGUGAUGACUAA